CGAGCAUGAACAUGUCGGUUCUUUUUAUUAAUUCGAGCCAACAACAGCAGUACAUCUCUCUCUCUAGAGUAUACACUUUUUCUCUCUACAUUUUCCAUCUAAAUCAACCUCCUCCGCCAUAUCUGUGUUGUGGGUUUUGUUUAUCACCUCUCUUUCUUCAAUGCAAAACAUCUAUUUCACUCUAAACAUCUCUGAGAUCUUCUCUGUUUUCCUCUUUCUCUCUCUACAAUCUGGCUCUGUUCCUCUCUUUCUCUCUCUGUUCUGUAUUCAAGAAAUGAUUAGGGUUUUCAGACCCACAAAAAGUGUAUAUUUUUUAGCCUUUUAAAAAACUGGCAAGCGUACUCCAGAAACAAUUCUGGGCCUGUUUCAAAAACACUGUAAAGCAUAUCAUGAAUCUGAGCCAAAAGGAAUCAAUGUCUGAAGAAGUGAAUGAUGAGAUGAAGAAAUGUUGUGCUGAUUGCAAAACCACAAAAACACCACUGUGGAGGGGUGGUCCAGCUGGGCCCAAGUCACUGUGUAAUGCUUGUGGGAUAAGAUACAGAAAGAAGAGGAGUGCCAUGGGGGGUUUGAACAAAGCACCAGAGAAGAGAAAAGAGAGAUCCUCCACCUCCUCUGCUGCCGCCACCGCCGCCGCUGCCACCGCCGCCAAGAACAAGACAAGUAGUAGUAGUGGUGAUAAUGGUAAAGGUGUUAAUUUGAGUGAGGAUUUGAGGGCAAGAUUGAUGGCGUUAGGGAAGGAAAUGGUGAUGUUGCAGAGACAGAGGUCUCCAAUGAAGAAGAGACAGAGGAUUAGUAGAAAGUUCGGAGAAGAAGAAAAGCAAGCUGCCUUUUUGUUGAUGGCUCUGUCUUGUGGCUCUGUUUUUGCUUAGAAACAUAGACCAAAAAAACAAAACAGUGUCAAAACAGAGGGAAAGUAUCAGAUAAAUAAGAAAUGGAAAAAAACUAUAUUCAAAUUAAUGGAGUACAACUCUCACUUGCACCUUCAUUGGUUUGUAAUUAGUUUUUUUUUUUUUUUUGAUAUUUUUCCUCAAACAAUGUAUUGAUCAACCAACACACCUUUUCAACUAGUUUUGUGUUUGUUUUUGUUUUUUUAUAGCAAAAAUGAAGUAUCCCUUUUAGGGAGAGACAAGGGAAAGGGAAAGUGAUGGUUGAAGUGUGUCUUUUGUAUUUUUAGGUAAUAUAGUUGGUGUGGAAGUGAUAGUUCCUUAUUUAUGAUGUACAUAAGAAUGUUUUAAUGAAUUUGGAAUUUAUUGCUUUUAACAAGUGGUGUUGUUUACUCUUUUGGGAUA